CACCACGUCACUAUAUAUACAGCUGAGCUGCCCUUCUACGCCGACAUUUGCUCUGAACUUGCGUUAGUAGAUUACAGACCCGUCUUGUGUGCGAGAAGAAACCGGCGUCCUUAAUUUCCACCACUGUGGUCUAAUGGGAAAAGUCUUUGUAAAUGCGUUUUAAGAAUUCUUGCUUGAGAGAAGUACACACUGGCCCUGGCCUUGAGGCUUAUCUGAAAGGAUUUAACUUCACUGGUGAACCACCUUGGCUUCUGGACUUCUGAUAGCCGCCCUAUAAUUCCAUCUGUUCCUGUUCUUUUGUAAUCAAAUCUUGAAAAAAUACAAUGACCACUCUGACUGGUGCAGACUUUGACUUUACCUUCCUGGAGGAGGGCUUCUGUGCACGUGAUAUCGUGGAACAGAAGAUCAAUGAGUCAUCACUAUCUGAUGACAAAGAUGCCUUUUAUGUGGCAGACCUUGGUGACGUCCUGAAGAAGCACCUCCGGUGGGUGCGCGUUUUACCCCGUGUCAUGCCAUUCUAUGCAGUAAAGUGCAACGACAGCAGGGCUGUCGUCAUGACACUAGCAACUCUGGGAGCUGGUUUUGACUGCGCAAGCAAGACGGAGAUCCAGAUCGUGCAGUCUGUGGGUGUGGAUGCGAGCAGAAUCAUCUAUGCUAACCCCUGCAAGCAGGUGUCUCAGAUCAAAUACGCCUCUGCACAUGGAGUGCAGAUGAUGACAUUUGACAGUGAAGUUGAGCUCAUGAAGGUGGCACGAAGCCAUGACAAUGCCAAACUGGUUCUCCGUAUCGUCACUGAUGACUCCAAGGCGGUGUGCAGGUUAAGCGUAAAGUUUGGAGCUACAUUAAAGAGCAGUCGGCUGUUGCUGGAGAGGGCGAAGGAGCUGGGAUUGGAUGUGAUUGGAGUCAGUUUCCAUGUGGGCAGCGGAUGUACUGAUCCCGAGACCUACAGCCAGGCCAUCUCAGAUGCCCGCUGUGUGUUUGACAUGGGGGCGGAGCUGGGAUACAACAUGACCCUGCUUGAUAUUGGUGGAGGUUUUCCAGGCUCUGAUGAUACCAAACUGAAAUUUGAAGAGAUUGCUGCUGUGAUCAACCCUGCACUGGAUAAAUAUUUCCCCGCUGAUUCCGGCGUGAGGAUCAUUUCUGAACCCGGUCGCUAUUAUGUGGCAUCCGCAUAUACAUUGGCGGUCAACAUCAUCGCCAAAAAGGUCAUCAUGAAGGAGCAAUCAGCCUCUGAUGAAGAGGAGGAUGAUGCCAGUGACAGAACCAUGAUGUAUUACGUGAACGAUGGUGUCUAUGGUUCCUUCAACUGCAUUCUGUAUGAUCAUGCUCAUGUCAUGCCCACUCUGCACAAGAAACCCAAGCCUGAUGAGCACAUGUACCCAUGCAGUAUUUGGGGUCCAACCUGUGACGGUCUCGACCGCAUUGUUGAGCAGUGCAGCCUGCCUGACAUGCAGGUGGGCGACUGGCUGCUAUUUGAGAACAUGGGUGCCUACACUGUGGCUGCAUCCUCCACCUUCAAUGGCUUUCAGAAACCCGAUAUUUAUUACAUCAUGUCCCGAUCAGCCUGGCAAUGCAUGCAGCAGAUCUGCGCCCAGGGAUUACCCACUCCAGAGGAGCAGUGCACUGCAAACAUGCCAUCCUACUGCGGCCGUGAGAGCAGCUUAGAUGUGCAAGCCAAACCCUGCCCAACUCGUGUGCUGUAACCAGACGACCACAGCGAGAGCCUGUUCAGUUCUAAGCUAUCCAAUGAUAGCAGCAGUUCUGUGUUUAAUUCUAAAUACAGCUGUUUUUGCCUCUGUGUGUAUAAGCUGCAAACACUCAGACCUGUUAGACGCACAACAUGGCUCACGGUUCUGUGACUUUUCCAAGUUCAUUAUUUCUGUUUUUUUUUUUUUACUUUUUCUUGUUUUUAUAUAUUUGUUAUUUGAGGUCAGAUACUUGACUGGAGGAUAUGAGAGGGAUUAAAAUGUAUGUCCACUUGCAUGUUGGAUGAAGAUCUAUUCCAUAAUAACAUUCAAGUUGAUGUCAUGCAAUAAGAUAUUGGUAGGACACUUGCAAUGGCUGCAGCUGAUUUUAGUCCAUUUUAAGAUCUUGCUCUUAACAUGACAAACAGAUUUUCUCCUCAAUGACCAUUUCCGAUUUAUACUUGAGUAGUAACUUAAUAUUCUAAUAUUACUGACAAGAAAUAUGUAAGACUUUGAUACAUUUGCAAAUGAAUAUGAAAGAGAUGUCAUAUCGCUUUCCUAUGGAAACCUUUUUUUUUUCUUUUUUUUUUUAAGUUUUGUAUUUUUUUACAUAAAUAAAAUGUAGCUUUAAAUGCUCUGGGUGAUCUCUGGCGCUUAUUUAAGGUAUAAGGCAUGAGAGGCUUUGCUAUAUUGUGAAUACAGUCAGAGCUGAAGGACGUUGUUUGGCGUGACGUGGAGUCCUUUCAGCCGUGACUAGAUUCACAAUAUGGCACAUCCUCGAGUACCUUUUUACAGGUCAAGUACACAAAUGUUCAUUAAACUGUUGCAUUUUAAGGGUAAAAUCAUUAAAUGCCAUUUCCUCCAACAGAAAAUGUAAUCUCUGGCAGUAAUUAGAAUGCACAAAUGACCGAAUGCAAAAACUUUAAAAUGUCCUUGACAAUGAGCACAGACUAUUUGGCAGAGACAGGCCACCUCUAUUAAAACGAAUGGGAGAAAUUGGAACACCCAACGGAGGCAGGAAAGAAGUCCCGCCUGACAGGAAAAAGAACAAUCCCCUUUUAGAUACAGACGUCAGCUUAAUCUGAGGUAAAGAAGCACAAUUCAUAAAUGCCAGAUUUGACUGCUGUCUUUCCCCGUUCAAGUAGACCGUAGCUGCUGCAAAUAAGUAACGUCGAGUUGUAAACCACGUUGAGAUUUUUUUUUAAUUUAACAUUAUUAUUGGAAAAUUAUGCGAACACAUAAUACAAUAAUAAUUAAAUGAUACUUGAGCAAUUAUGUAGAUUAACAUUGGAUGACAAUAUAGUACAAGAAGUGGAGAUAAGAGAAAAUAAAUUAAAAUACAGCAUCCAAAAUAGUACAUAAAUUAAAUACACAGAGGCAAUAGGUUAACAAAUUAUGAUACAAUCAAAAAUUCGUCAUACAAUGUAACAGUUUUGACACUUUUUUUUAUUGUUUAUCUACACGUUGAGAUGUAACGAUGCUCAACAGGUUUCAGUGACGUCGCUUUUGCCUCAGCCGACAUAGUUGUAAAGCUCAAUAGGAGGAAACAACGGCGCUGAAUGGAAAACCCCGUAAAACUAAAUCAAGAAAAACAUAUUGCUAAAUUUGACUUAAGCGGACAUUUAAAUAUAUAUAAUAAAUAUAUUAUACUAGAACUGUUAAUUUUUUCACAACAAUUUAUAGAUUGUGUAGUGUGUUUUUUGUUUUUUUCCAGAAUGAGCCAUGGAUUUGCUUUUGGUAAAUAAAUGAAUCAACAAGACAACAACCAUAAGUAUUUUUUGGUUAUAUUCUUCCGUUUUCCCUCGUGAAGCUUUAAAUACCUCCUUCAGUGAAAAUCAAGUGUUUAACCUUGUUUACAUGUCCAUAUGUUUUUUUUUUAUAUGCUAGAAGUCAACGCCAUGGCUGAGCAUUUUCACCUUGGACCUGCAGUGUACCAAAGACAGUCUCAAAAACAUGGAUUCAGACAACCCGGGUUUCAUACGUCACAAAAUUAAGGAACCAAUCCCGUCAACUUGCUGGGUGGGGCUUUCCAUAUCAUUAGCAUAGCUAUGGCAAAGCAGGGGGUAUCAGGAGAAGCAGGUGUAGCUACAGAUCUGUAUUUUGCAAGACAUGUUCUGUUUUCGGAUGUAAAGUUGUGAAAGGACAAAUGGUGAGCCUUUGUGUAUUACUAAAGGAUCUGAAAAUUAAAGAUAAAUGGGUGCAGUUUAUUGGGGAAAAUCGUAAUAUCCAUGCAAAACUUCUAGAGAAAACUCAGGUUUGCAGUAAUAAUUUUCAAUUUUUUUGAAUUUUUUUACCCAAAACCGAUGGGUUUUGCCACUAAACUUAUAGUGAUGCCCAAUGCAGUUCCAUCAUUAUCCUGGGGUCACAGCGAGCCCAGGCGGCAUGGGUGAGUGGAGAUGGAGGCGGGACUAAUUUGCAUAUUCAUAGUCAUGCAUACUAAAUGAGUCAAAGGUGUAGAGUUAUAGCUAAGCCAUUUUUAUGCAUGAAGGGAUAAUUUUCAUGGAAAAAAAAAAACUUUUAAAUAUGUAAUUUUGAUGAACAAAGAUGAAUUUUUAGGGGUUAAACCAGUAACUGGAGAGGAACUUUAAAACUGUAUUUUUGGAUAUUUUGUCAUAAAUGUAUUUGUGGUGGCAUAAUAAAGUUCCUGUUGUAAUUA